AUGCGCUCUCCAUUGAGUACUCUCGUCCGCGCCACUGUGCCUGCUAUCCCUGGCCACUCCAUGACGACAUCUUCACCCAUAUUUUCCUACUUCAGCAGCAAGGAUUCCCCUGUUGGAAAAGAGGGCCGCUCUCUGCCUAAAGCCGCUGUUAAGCCUAAGCCCCAAGUAUACAACUCAAAUAUCACAGGCUCGGGCUCGGAUCCUAGGAGUCAGCUCACGACCGCGCAGAACCAGGAAGUGGACGAGCAUAAUCGUCACUUUACGAAGGAGCGUGCCAGAGAAGACGGGACUAAUGACAAGGGUGGCACUCGUCACUAG